AUGGAAAAUCUAAGUGUAGACUCACCAAAAGAGACUGACGUAGAUGCAGAGAAGUCAAAGAAUAUCCAACCUAAAAAACUGGAAAUGCAGAAGGAUUUGAUUAGGGACACCUCGGCAUUCAACUUUUCAAAAGCAUUAUUGAAGAAAUCAUCCCGUUUCUUUUCUGCGUCAUUCUUCUCUUUCCAUGUUGAUGGGAUUGAAUUCACACCGGCUUCAGUUUUCCUUACUCUUAUAGAGUCUGCAAGGAAGCAAUUGCCUAAGCUGGUGGUUCGGUUGUUGCUUGUCGGAGCAGGAUACAGGGUUGCCUUUUAUGCCAGCCGGAAAGGGACAAUUGGCCAGCUAUUUCAACAGCCAGAUAUUAUCACCACUAGUAUUGAUGAAGUUUCUUCAAACACAAAGCCUCUUGUUCGACAAAUAAGGAAAUUUCCCCAGAAAAUAAAAGAACUAAUGGAGAUGCUUCCUCAUCGAGAGGAAUUGUUCCUUUUUUCUCAAAUAAAUGAGGAAGAAGCUUCUCUCUUUGACAUAUUAUGGUUAUUGCUUGCAAGUGUUACAAUGGUGCCUACAUUCCAGAAAAUCCCUGGAGGUGACUGA